GCGAAUUGGUCCUCUGCCUGUGCCUUGAUUUAGCUGUUGGGUUGAGUCUUGCUCCUCCCUUCCCCACUCGGAUAGGAGCCACUGGGAUCUGGAGCUCCAGCUUCCAAAUUGAAGCUGGCCUCAGGCCAGGUGACCUUUUCUUUGAUUCUUUCACCCAGGCAUCUCCUCCAGUGGGAUCCGCCAGCACGUCCAGCAGCACCAUGUGGGUGACCAAACUUGUGCCAGUCCUGCUGCUGCAGCACGUCCUCCUCCACCUCCUGCUGCUGCCCAUCGCCAUCCCCUAUGCAGAGGGACAGAAGAAAAGAAGAAACACACUUCAUGAAUUCAAAAAGUCAGCAAAGACUACUCUAGUCAAAGUAGACCCAUUACUGAAGAUAAAAACCAAAAAGAUGAAUACCACAGACCAAUGUGCCAAUAGAUGUAUUAGGAAUAAAGGACUUCCAUUCACUUGCAAGGCCUUUGUUUUUGAUAAAGCAAGAAAACGAUGCCUCUGGUUCCCUUUCAAUAGCAUGUCAAGUGGAGUGAAAAAAGAGUUUGGCCAUGAAUUUGACCUCUAUGAAAACAAAGACUACAUUAGAAACUGCAUCAUUGGUAAAGGAGGCAGCUACAAGGGAACGGUAUCUAUCACCAAGAGUGGCAUUAAAUGCCAACCCUGGAAUUCCAUGAUACCCCAUGAGCACAGCUUUUUGCCUUCGAGCUAUCGGGGUAAAGACCUACAGGAAAACUACUGUCGAAAUCCUCGAGGGGAAGAAGGGGGACCGUGGUGUUUCACAAGCAAUCCAGAGGUACGCUACGAAGUCUGUGACAUUCCUCAGUGUUCAGAAGUUGAAUGCAUGACCUGCAAUGGGGAAAGUUAUCGAGGUCCCAUGGAUCAUACAGAAUCAGGCAAGAUUUGUCAGCGCUGGGAUCAUCAGAUACCACACCGGCACAAAUUCUUGCCCGAAAGAUAUCCCGACAAGGGCUUUGAUGAUAAUUAUUGCCGCAAUCCUGAUGGCAAGCCGAGGCCAUGGUGCUAUACUCUUGACCCUGACACCCCCUGGGAGUACUGUGCAAUUAAAAUGUGCGCUCACAGUACUUUGAAUGACACUGAUGUCCCUAUGGAAACAACUGAAUGCAUAAGAGGCCAAGGAGAAGGUUACAGGGGCACCAUCAAUACUAUUUGGAAUGGAAUUCCGUGUCAGCGUUGGGAUUCCCAGUACCCUCACCAGCAUGACAUAACUCCUGAAAAUUUCAAGUGCAAGGACCUAAGAGAAAAUUAUUGCCGAAAUCCAGACGGGGCUGAGUCACCCUGGUGUUUUACCACCGACCCAAACAUCCGAGUUGGCUACUGCUCCCAGAUUCCAAAAUGUGACGUGUCAAGUGGACAAGAUUGUUAUCGUGGGAAUGGCAAAAAUUAUAUGGGUAAUUUAUCCAAAACGAGAUCUGGACUAACGUGUUCGAUGUGGGACAAGAACAUGGAAGACCUACACCGUCAUAUCUUCUGGGAACCAGAUGCUAGUAAGCUGAAUAAGAACUACUGCCGGAAUCCUGAUGACGAUGCCCAUGGACCCUGGUGUUACACGGGGAAUCCUCUCAUUCCUUGGGAUUAUUGCCCUAUUUCUCGGUGUGAAGGAGAUACCACACCUACAAUAGUCAAUUUAGACCAUCCAGUAAUAUCUUGCGCCAAAACAAAACAAUUGCGAGUUGUAAAUGGGAUUCCAACACGAACUAAUGUAGGAUGGAUGGUUAGUUUGAAAUACAGAAAUAAACAUAUCUGCGGAGGAUCAUUGAUAAAGGAAAGUUGGGUUCUUACGGCAAGACAGUGUUUCCCCUCACGAAACAAAGACUUGAAGGAUUAUGAAGCUUGGCUUGGAAUCCAUGAUGUUCAUGGAAGAGGAGAUGAGAAACGCAAACAGGUUCUCAAUGUUUCUCAGCUGGUGUAUGGACCCGAAGGCUCUGAUCUGGUUUUACUGAAGCUUGCCAGGCCCGCUGUCCUGGAUGAUUUUGUUAGUACAAUUGAUUUACCUAAUUAUGGAUGCACAAUUCCAGAAAAGACCACUUGCAGUGUCUAUGGCUGGGGUUACACUGGAUUGAUCAACUCUGAUGGUCUAUUACGAGUCGCACAUCUGUAUAUUAUGGAUAAUGAGAAAUGCAGCCAGCAUCAUCAAGGGAAGGUGACUCUGAAUGAGUCUGAAAUAUGUGCUGGGGCUGAAAAGAUUGGAUCAGGACCAUGUGAGGGGGAUUAUGGUGGCCCACUUGUUUGUGAACAACAUAAAAUGAGAAUGGUCCUUGGCGUCAUUGUUCCUGGUCGUGGAUGUGCCAUUCCAAAUCGUCCUGGUAUUUUUGUCCGAGUAGCAUAUUAUGCAAAAUGGAUACACAAAAUUAUAUUAACAUAUAAGGUACCACAGUCAUAGCUGAAGUAAGUGUGUCUGAAGCGUCCAUCAAUACAUCUCUCUUUUACAUGAAGAUUUCAGAGAACAUGGAAUUAAAAUAUUACUUAAAACAAUCCUAAGACAAUUACUUGAGUGUCAUGUUUGUUAAGAUACUCAUUAAUAUUUAUGGGUGUUUUCUGUUGUUCUGUUUUGUCAGUAUUAUUUUGUAAAUGUUGAAGUGAAUUAAGGUACAUGUAAGUAUAGUAACAUAUCUCCUGAAGAUACUUGAAUGGAUUAAAAAAUGCAAGGUGUAAUUGCUGGAUGAUAAAAAGUUUAAUGAAGACCAAUUAAUCUCUCUACGCUGCUUUCCAAGGUUAGUUUCUUAACAAUGAAUAAACCAUAAGUUAGAUGUUAUUUUAACCUCACCAAAACAAUUUACACCCUGUGUCCUUAAAUUGUAACUCUAUAUUAAAUUAUAUUACCUUUCAAAUGCCAUAAGUUAUAGUUUAUUCUUUUUUCUCCACUGUGUAUCCUGCCAUACUGGUAUACAAACAGACAUGUAAAAACACAUAGCCGUGUACACAUGCCUGGGUGCAUAUGUGCAUGCUUACAGUUUAAAUCGUGGUGUAUCUAAUAUAACACCUAAAUAUUUUAAAAGUAUGUACCUAUAGUUUUUUCUCGAGAAAAAAAUAUAAAUUUCUAAAGACCAGUACAAAUAUUAAGGAAAGGUCAUGAUAGAAAUGACUAGCUCAUCCUCUGUACCUAAUCUGCAAAUGACCUCCACUGGUUGGCAUUUCAGGUGUGGUCAUGACCCACAGAGUUAAAUAAUGCCUAAUCUAGGUGUUGACAUGAAUUUAAUUAUCCUAGUUGUUUCAUGGAGUUUCUAAUUCUUAAAGGAAAGAGAGUAAUAUGUUUAUUUGCAUUAAUUCUUUUCUCCAAAUUUAUUUAUGCAAGAUGUUUAUAGAUUCAUUUUCCUAAAACAUUUUUUUUUUAAAUUCUCAGAGAAGUGUCUAAUUGAAGAAGUUUAAAAGUGUUUUGGUCAUUAAAAAUAUAUUUAAGUAGGUUAAUUCCAAGACUUGCUUCUGUGAUUGGCUUCUAGCUCACUCUCUUUAAAUUUAAAAAAAAAUUUUAAGAAGAAAAUUUCUGUAUGUCUCCAAAGUUUUGUAAGUAGCCCUUCAUCAAAUCAUGUAUGAAAGUAUACAUUGGAGGAAAAAAAAUGAAAAUACGUUUCUCAGCCUGAAAGUCGUUUAGCCUAAUAAAUCUUUUUUCAAGCAAAUGAAAAAAU